GGGUCACGGGGGGUGGGCAGGGGGGCGAACGUGACGUCAUCGCGCACUCCUCUCGACCGGAAGUUGGUGACGUGACGUCACGGCGGCGUGAGGGAACACGGCCGGGCGAGGACGGAAGUGACGUCGCCACCGGAAGGAGGUGAAAUCAGCGCCUGCCCAACAGCCUCGCACGUGGUGGUGGUGGUGGUGCUGUUGGUGGUGGUGGUGGUAGCCUUGGUGGUGCUGGUGGUGCUGUGUGUUGGUGUUGCUGGUGGUGUUGUUGCUGGUGGUGGUGGCGGCGCUGUUGCUUUCCCCACGCGGGCCGAGCGCCAUGGUGGUCACGCGCGCGCAGUCGCGUGGAGGAGAUGGAGCAGCAGGAGGUGGAGCAGCAGCAGCAGCAGCAGCAGGAGGAGUUGAAGUCGUGGCGGCGGAGACGCCGUCUCGCCACCAGUUGUCCCCCCGUGCCGACCGAGCUGCUUUGGAAGCGGUGGAGGUGAGGGAGGUGAGCAGGGAGGUAAGCAGGGUGGUGAGCAGGGAGGUGAGCAAGGUGGUGAACAGGGUGGUGAGCAGGGUGGUGAACAGGGUGGUGAGCAGGGUGGUGAACAGGGGGGUGAACAGGGGGGUGAACAGGCGGGUGAGCAGCAAGACGGCGGCAAAGCUCAAAGCCAAGAAACUCCCGGCGAGGACGAAGCCGUCGGAGCCCCUCGGAGCCCGCGACGAUGAUGACGACGACGGUGAUGACGGUGAUGAUGAUGAUGGUGAUGAUGAUGGUGAUGAUGAUGAUGACGAUGAUGGCGACGAUGGUGAGGAGGUGGAGGAGGUGCAGAUGAAGACAUCGCGGCCGAAGGUCGGGACGUGGAAGGUCAAGAGUUUUAAGGUCAAGGGUGACGAUGACGACGACGAUGGUGAUGACGAUGAUGAUGAUGGUGACGAUGGUGACGACGGUGAGGGGGUGGAGGAGGUGCAAAGGAAGACAUCGCAGCCGAAGGUUGUGACGCGGAAGGUCAAGAGUUUGAAGGUCAAGGGUGACGACGGUGACGAUGAUGGUGAUGACGACGAUGAUGAUGACGGUGACGAUGAUGAUGGUGAUGAUGGUGAUGAUGGUGACGAUGGUGAUGACGGUGAGGGGGUGGAGGAGGUGCAGAGGAAGACAUCGCGGCCGAAGGUUGGGACGUGGAAGAAGGCCAAGGGCUUGAAGGUCAAGGGUGACGAUGAUGACGACGAUGACGUUGACAACGAUGACAGUGAUGACGACGACGAUGAUGAUGGUGGUGAGGGGGUGGAGGAGGUGCAGAGGAAGACAUCGCGGAAGCAGGUCAAGGGCUUGAAGGUCAAGGGUGACGAUGAUGACGAUGACGACGUUGACGACGAUGACGAUUAUGACGACGUCGAUGAUAACGACGAUGACGACGAUGACGACAUGGACCUCACCUCAUCGGAGGCCGCAGUUGCCACCGCCCCCGCCGCCGGCGCCCCCGACGGCCGCCAGGAGGAGCUUGUCGACACGGAGCCGGCGGCGUUCAUCAUCGACCGCACGCCCGGCCACGGCGGCGGCGGCCAUGGCGGUGACGUCACCGAGGAGGAGGGGGUGGGGGGGCAGAGGGGGGUGGAGGAGGAGGUGAGGAGGCUGCUGAGGGAGAGGGCGGCCUUCUUGAGCACGGGGAUGAAGAAAAAGAAGAAGAAGAUCAAGGAGCAGAGUCUGGACCCUGGCGUGGAGCUCUUGAAGUACGGAGGAUCCUACCUGGGGGCAGCCUCCAGCCAACACAGAGUGGGCCCGGCACUCACAGACUCGUUGCUGUCUCACAGCAUCUUGGCCGUCGGAGUGGAGAAGCAUCCGUCGCUGCCGAUGGCGGCCGGGGAGCGGCAAGCGAAGAAGAAGCGGAGGUGGAAAAAACACCACCGCUUGUAA